CUGUGACGUGGCAGCGGCGGGCGGGGCUUGAGGAGGAAGUUGCUGCUGGAAAGGGAGCUGUUGUCUGUGUUGACCGGGAUCAACACUAGAUUUCCUGGAAGCCAGCGGCACCGGCGGGGCCUGAUGACCGGCUGUGGGUUUAGGCUUUCCCCUGUGUAGCGGCUGGUACGUACACCCAGCAGGACUCUAUGGAAGUCAUGGAUUGUCCUCUAAACCUGGUGAGUGCCCUCUGUCCCCUUACACAGGGUGAGUGCCCUCUGUCCCCCUACACAGGGUGAGUGCCCUCUGUCCCCCUACACAGGGUGAGUGCCCUCUGUCCCCUUACACAGGGUGAGUGCCCUCUGUCCCCCUACACAGGGUGAGUGCCCUCUGUCCCCCUACACAGGGUGAGUGCCCUCUGUCCCCCUACACAGGGUGAGUGCCCUCUGUCCCCCUACACAGGGUGAGUGCCCUCUGUCCCCGGGGAAGGUCCCCCUACACAGGGUGCAGACAGGGUGAAUGCCCUCUGUCCCCCUACACAGGGUGAGUGCCCUCUGUCCCCGGGGAAGGUCCCCCUAAACAGGGUGAGUGUCCUCUGUCCCCCUAAACAGGGUGAGUGUCCUCUGUCCCCCUAAACAGGGUGAGUGCCCUGUGUCCCCCUACACAGGGUUAGUGCCCUCUGUCCCCUGGGAAGGUCCCCCUAAACAGGGUGAGUGCCCUCUGUCCCCCUACACAGGGUGAGUGCCCUCUGUCCCCUGGGAAGGUCCCCCUAAACAGGGUGAGUGCCCUCUGUCCCCCUACACGGGGUGAGUGCCCUCUGUCCCAGAGGAAGGUCCCCCUACACAGGGUGCAGACAGGGUGAGUGCCCUCUGUCCCCCUACACAGGGUGAGUGCCCUCUGGCCCAGGGGAAGGUCCCCCCACACAGGGUGCAGACAGGGUGAGUGCCCUCUGGCCCCGGGGAAGGUCCCCUUACACAGGGUGCAGACAGGGUGAAUGCCCUCUGUCCCCGGGGAAGGUCCCCCUACAACUCCCAGCAAUCUAGGUAUAGCAUAUGGCAGCAGCUGUUAAACCUCUGACAAAUUGCUGGUCACAAGGUAGGAUCUCCAGCUGUUGUAGAACUACAAUACAAGCUGGCAAAGCAUCGUUGGAGUUGGAGUUUAAUUGCUGUCUGACUACAACCACCAACACUAUAGGUAUAGCAUAUGGCAGCAGCUGUUAGAGGAAUUAUGUCUGUUUAUACCUCCUUAUAUUGAUGGUCAAAAGGUAGGAUCUCCAGCUGUUGUAGAACUACAAUAGAAAACAGCACAGCAUAGUGGGAGUUGUAGUUUAAUUGCUGCCUGACUACAACUCUCAACACUCUAGGUAUAGCAUAUGGCAGCAGCUGUUAGAGGAAUUAUAUGUCUGUUUAUACCUCUUACAUAUUGCUGGUCACAAGGUAGGAUCUCCAGCUGGUGUAGAACUACAACAAUAGCUGGCAAAGCAUCAUGGGGGUUGCAGAUUUUAAACAAAAAGCUAGGGGGUCUGUAUUUUUGGGAUACAUAAAGGUAAUUAACAAAUAAAAUAAUGGUAUGCACAAGAGGGCCCUGCUCCACAGAGCUCACAAUCUAUGAAAAAUGGUUGCCCUUUAUUUUGUAGAAUUCAUAUGCUGCAGUAAUGACUUUGGUUUAUUGAGGUGUGUUCCUUGAUAUUCCUCUUUGGUUGCUGCACGUAUACAUUAUAUAUACACUGCAAGGUGGCAUUUUUUGACGUGUGGUGGUAUGAUGACGUGAUAUAUGUCCAGAAAAAAAAACUCCAUGGGUACAAUGGUUUCUGAAACGAUUUCUAUUUUCCAAUAAUUUAUGUAUAAUUAGGAAAAACAUAUAGUGUGUAAUGAAAGUUUAUUAAUUGUAAAGACAUGUAGAAAAGUCUUUUAGUGCAGGAUGUAAUAUUCAUUUCACCCACCCUUUAGUGGGCAGUUAGAAGAAGGCUCAAAUGAAGGACACUAGAACUGUGAAAAGAAGAUAUCAUAACAUACAAUGAAUGAUUGAUUAACUAAAUCAGACAUUAAUAAAAGAAAUAGCAGGUUUCAGGCCAAAUAGACAAGUCUAUGAAUAUACUUGUCCAAUUUCUGGCUUAGUGGAUAUCUCCAUAGUCUUGCCACGGUACACAUGUAUGUAUGUAUGUAUGUAAUAGAAAUAGAGGAUAAUUUUGUGCUAAAAAGAAAGUAAGAUCGACAGUAAGAUUUGACAUCAGUACACUAAAAUGAUCAGAGCUGGGUAGGCAAGCUUAGGGAUUCCAGAAUCAUACUACAAAAGAAGUAUAGAAGCUUAAAGGAUCACUAUAGUGUCAGGAAAACAAAGCGGUUUUCCUGACACUAUAGUGCCCUGAGGGUGCCCCCACCCUCAGGGUCCCCCUCCCCUGGCGCUGAAGGGGUUAAGACCCCUUCAGCAGUUUACCUUAUUCCAGCGCCGGUGACCUCUCCUCCCCCGCCGUCAGCGGGGCUGUAUGCACAUGCGCGCGCAUUCAAAGUGUCCAUAGGAAAGCAUUUCUCAAUGCUUUCCUAUGGACGCUCUGCGCAAUGGAGGCAUAAUAUGCCUCUAGUGGCUGUCCGGAAGACAUCCACUAGAGGCUGGCUUAACCCCAAAUGUAAACAUAGCAGUUUCUGAAACUGCUAUGUUUGCAUCUGAAGGGUUAAAACCUGAGGGACCUGGUACCAAGACCACUUUAUUGAGCUGAAGUGGUCUGGGUGACUAUAGUGUCCCUUUAAAUAAAAGUUACUAGCAGUGUCUGGUAACCUAGAGACAGUGAGGGUCUGUUCCUUUUUUGUUUUUUUCCCUUACCCUUUUUUUAGUGUUUGAUACACAGGAGCAGAAAAAAAAUGAGUGGACUAAUUACUCUCACGCCUUCUAUUCACUCUGCGUUCCCCUUUUAACCGGCAGUAAUGGUAUAAUGGUCCUGUUUUUGUUCUUCUCAUUGUGCUAAAUAUGUGGGCAUUGAUUGACUAUUCUAGUUAGGAUUACAAUAUAGUACUCUACAGGACAUCCCAUGGAGUUAGUGUUUGUGAUUUCAUUUUGCUGUAUAGUGGGCACUUAGACUGGGCAGCUCAUGGCACUUUAAGAGGAUGGUGCCCUAGAGACUGGGCAUCAACUAGGUCAUAGAGUUGGAAAAAAAGCCCAAUCUCACCCUAGUCGCCGCCCAUAUAAAACCCACUCACACCUCCUGUCUCUAUCUCUCCUCCUACUUCUGGCAGCUGGUGACGUCUCUCCCAACCCAGGGCCCCUCACCUCAUCUGCUCACACUAAAAUAACCAGAAACCAUGCAAACCUCCUCCAAAUACCCUGCAGUCUAUCCUCCUCUACCAAAAUUCAGUGUGCACUCUGGAAUGCUCGCUCCAUUUGUAGUAAUAUCAAAUCUACAGCAAUACAUGACCUCCUCAUCUCUAACUCUCUCACAAUACUGGCACUCACUGAGACCUGGCUAUCUCCAUCCGAUACCGCUACUCCUGCUUCUUUAUGUUUCGUGGUCUACAGUUCUCCCAUACUCCUAGACUUGACUGUAAAGGAGGUGGUGUAGGCAUCCUUCUCUCCCCUCAAUGUACCUUUCAACCUAUCCUCCCUGCCCUAUCCUUUACUUCCUUUGAAGUUCACACUGUACGCCUUUUUAAGCCCACUCCUUUAAGAAUUUCCAUCAUCUAUCGCCCCCCCAGUCACCCUAAACUAUUAAUUGAACACUUUUCCUCCUGGUUACCCCACUUUCUUUCCUCUAGCACUCCCUCUCUCAUACUUGGGGACUUCAAUAUCCCUAUCAACAAGCUCAAUUGCCCUGAUGCCUCUCGUCUGUUCUCUGUAACCUCCUCCUUUGGACUCACACAGAUUUCUUCCUCAGCAACUCACACUGCAGGAAACACUCUUGACCUCAUCUUCACCAAUCUCUGUAUCACCUCUGAUCUCGCCACUGCUCCAUUUCCUUUGUCUGACCACCAUCUGCUAACAUUUAACAUCUGCAUACCCCAUACCAAAAUCUCACCACCAUCCACUCUCCAACCUCGCAGAAACCUCAACUCUCUCGAUCUCCAGCACUUCUCCACUAAUCUCCAAACACUCCUUUUUCCCAUCUCAAAUCACAACUGCCCUAACUCUGCAACCUCACUCUACAACUCCACUCUCUCCUCUCAACUUGACAUCAUGGCACCUCCUACAGUUAAACGCAGCAAGCGCCCCCAACUACAACCCUGGCACACCAAGCUGACCCGUUACCUCCAAAAAUGUUCCAGAACUGCUGAACGCUGCUGGAGAAAGUCUCACUUUGCAUCUGACUUUGUCCACUAUAAAUUUAUGCUGCGCUCCUACAGCAUGGCUCUUUCCUCUGCAAAAGUAAGCUACUUCAACACCCUCAUAAGCACACUGUCCACCAACCCAAACACCUGUUUCACACUUUUGAUGCACUUCUUCGCCCUGUGACUCCCCCUCCUUCCACCACCUUGUCCGCCACAAACUUUGCAUCUCAUUUCACUGAGAAGAUCUCUACAAUCAGGAAAGAGAUCUCUAAUCUUUCUCCAACCAGUAUCAAUACAUCACCCAACCCCACUCCCCUGUCAUCCUAAGCUCAUUUGCACCUGCUACAGCACAAGAGGUUUCUGCUCUGCUCCUGUCCUCCCGCCCCACCACCUGCUCCCUCGAUCCUAUUCCCUCGCAUCUCAUCCGCACUUUGUCUCCCUCUCUUGCUCUUCCUCUCGCUAACAUUUUCAAUCUCUCCCUUUCCUCUGGCACAUUUCCCUCUGCCUUCAAACAUGCAACCGUAACCCCAAUUCUGAAAAAGCCCAACCUUGAUCCCAACUCCCCAUCCAACUACCGCCCUAUCUCACUACUGCCAUUUGCCUCCAAGAUCCUUGAGAGAGUUGUCUACGCCAGAUUGACAGACUUUCUUGAAUCCAACUCUCUGCUUGACCCCCUUCAGUCUGGAUUCCGCGCUGGUCACUCUGUCGAAACUGCUGUGACCAAAGUAUCCAACGAUUUAAUUGCUGCUAAAUCUCGCGGCCAAUACUCUAUCCUAAUCCUCCUUGAUCUUUCUGCCGCCUUUGACACUGUUGAUCAUCAACAGCUUCUUCACAUUCUCUGUAACUUUGGUCUACGGGAUUCUGCUCUCUCCUGGUGCUCCUCCUACCUCUCCCAGCGCUCCUUCAGUGUUUCUUUCUCUGGCUCUGCCUCUUCUCCCCAACCCCUCCCUGUCGGCGUCCCCCAAGGUUCUGUCCUCGGCCCCCUACUGUUCUCUAUCUAUACUGCCUCCCUUGGUAAACUCAUCAGCUCUUUUGGCGUCCAAUACCAUUUAUAUGCAGAUGACACGCAAAUCUACCUGUCCUCCCCUGAUCUCUCUCCGCCCACCUUGACUCGUGUUUCUGACUGCCUCUCUGCUAUUUCCAACUGGAUGGCUGCUCACUUCCUUAAACUCAACCUGUCCAAAACAGAACUUCUAGUUUUUCCUCCCUCAAGUGCUGCUACUCCUGUGUCUGUCGCCAUCCAAGUCAACGGCGCUACUAUCACCUCUACCUCCCAGGCUCGCUGCCUAGGAGUUCUUUUUGAUUCUGAUCUCUCUUUUACUCCCCAUGUUCAAUCAAUAGCCAAAUCCUGUCGCUUCCAACUCAAGAACAUAGCGCGCAUCCGCCCAUAUCUAACGCCGGACGCGGCUAAGGUACUAGUUCAUGCUGUUGUUCUCUCUCGCCUUGACUAUUGCAAUCCCCUUCUCACCGGUCUUACAUGUUCCCAGCUUGCACCGCUGCAAUCUAUAAUGAAUACGGCUGCGAGGCUUAUUUUCCUGUCCGGUCGCACCUCCCAUGCCUCCACGCUCUGUCAGUCUCUGCAUUGGCUUCCAGUUAGAUAUAGGGCCCAAUUCAAAAUUCUGGCGCUUGCUUACAAAUCCCUACAUAAUGCUGCUCCAACAUACCUAUCCUCCCUCAUACACAAGUAUGUCCUGUCGAGACCCCUGCGCUCAGCCCAAGACCUACUCCUAUCCUCUGCCCGGAUCCCCACCUCUGAUGCUCGCCUUCAGGGCUGCACCUAUUCUGUGGAACUCCCUUCCCUCCUCAAUCAGACUUUCACCCAGCCUCCAUUCCUUCAAAAAAUCUUUGAAAACUCACUUCUUUAUUAAAGCGUAUCAAUUAAACUGUCAGCAGGUUUCUCAUCCCCCACCCCAUGACUCCGUUCCUUCACCUGUCAAAAAUGACCUACCAAGCACUCAAUAAACCCUUCUGUAACAAACUAUUUAAUUCCCCUACUUUAACCCUUUGUGUCACUAUACCCCACUCCCUCUAGCAUGUAAGCUCAUCGAGCAGGGCCCUCAACCCCCUCUGUUCCUGUACGUCAGUGGUCUGAUCUCAAUUAUGUGUCUGUUAGUCCACCCAUUGUACAGCGCUACGGAAUUUGUUGGCGCUAUAUAAAUAAUAAAAUAAUAAUAAUAAUAAUGGGAUUUCAUGUCCAUGGGGUGCUGGGCAUCCCCCGACAAUCUCAUUAGUAAGGGUGUAACACUUUGCAUAGCUCAGGACUAUUUUGUACAUCUGACCCUACAGGCCGAGAUUGAUCCCAUUUGCCAAGUUGAUAACGCUACUGUCUGUGUUUACCAUGCCUAAUAGCCAGUUCACCCUAUGAUGUUCAUAUUGUGCUUUGCAUACGGUUCUCAGCCUGAUGGUUGUGUAUCAGUACAAACAAUUUGGAGGGUCAGCCACUAUUUAAAGUUUGGGUGCAAAACUCCAAGGUCUCUUUCCAGUUACCUCACACACACUGCAUAAAAACAAUAACGGAGCCGCAACACCAAAAGUAAAUAUCAAUGAAAUUUAUUCCACCUCUGUGGAACUGGUAACCUUUCGACAGGACCUCGGAGUCUUUGUCAAGUCCCUCAGGUUGGGUCGAAACGUUGCCAGAUCCACACAGGUGCAACUAAUUUUUAAUAUUUACUUUUGGUGUUGCGGCUCCUUUAUUUUUCUACGGGUGGUUGUGUCUUGACAGUUAAGGUGAAGGCUAUGCUAGUACAAUCUUAUCCUGUUGUUUCUUAGGGGCAUAUUUAUUAAAUAGUUGUUUUAUUUUUUUGAUUUGGGCAACGGAGAGUGCUUUUUAAAUGUGAUUUGAGUUCUAAAGCACACAUAUUCUAUUACCUACAGGAAGGCUUUUCAUAUCAGCUAUUUUAUUCAUACUGCCCUGGUUUAAAGUGAUGUCACAGAUGGUUUAAUCACCGAGAGGCCAUUCCUCUAUUGUUUUGAUCUCAUUGCUCUUUGUACGUUUAGUUCAUGAUUCACAACUGCUUUGGAGUCCUGUGAGACUCUGUUAUUAUAGCAGUGGAGUGUUAAGCCUGGAUGUGUGACUUUGUCCAAUUAAAGAUUGAAGAAGCCUUGUGAUAUGCAAUAAUAUAAUUACUGUAAUUUAUCAUAAUUACUAAAUUAUUACAGAAAUUGCAGGCUUUCGUUAUGACUGUAUGCAAAGCAAUAGUCCAAAAAUGUUGCCAAAAGUUACUGAAUUAAUUAACGUGGUUUUUUUUGUUUGUUUGUUUUUUUUUCUAAGUUUUUUAGGUCUCCUUAAAUUUACCUUUUUAGAAUCAAUAUAGUGUGCGUGGUUUUUGUAUUGAUUUUUUUUUUUUUUAUAGUAUAGUUGUAUAGUUAUUGGUUUAGAACUGCUUUCUCUCCUUCUUUUGGCAGUUUUUGUUUAGCGAGUACAUGGUUUGAAUUGCAUUUGUGGUGUCUUUUUUAUGCUAUCAUAGUUCACUUUUGAUGGUGAUUGAUAAAUAGAUGUUAAAUCUGAAACUACCUGAAUCCAAUAAUAAUCACUAAUUCAGUAGUUGCCAAAUCUUUUUUGGGCCAAGCCACAUUUCAAUGAGUGAAAUAUAACCAAGCCACCCCUUAAUUUGUAUUUUUUGUUUUUACUUUCAUCUAAAAAAGAUAAAUGGCACAUUUACUUGCAGCCAGCCAUACAAGAGAUCUUAUGUUCUGGGGUGUGAAAAUGUAAAACAAUUAAAAUAUAUAUAUAUAUAUAUAUAUAUAUAUAUAUAUAUAUAUAUAUAUAUAUAUAAUUGUUCAAGGGACUAAAGUGGUAACUCAAUCUACUUUUCCUGACACCAAAUUUGAAAGUUUGGGGACCCUGCUAACCUCUGGACAUUGGUAGGGUUAUUCACUAAACUCUGAAUUUUCCCUGAUUAGAACUGAAAGAAAAACAACUAUGUAAUAUGUGUGUGUAGUGUGGUGUGUGUGUGCUAGAUCUUCUACUCUCAUCAGCCCUUAAGCCAAAUCUUUCAGGCUCCAAUUCAUGAAGCACAUGCCUCUUUAAAUGGACCUCAGUAAUUCUGCUUCUCGGGGUUCCGGUGCUGACUGAGUCAGAGUGCAUGCUGGGAGUUCAGGGAUUCGCUGUAACUGGAACCAUGGGUUGAGCAACUAAGACUGGGCUUGACAAAUUUGUUUGGAAUCUAGGAGCUAGCUAAAAAAGUUAGGAGCCAGUUUUUUUUAAUGGGACACUAUAGUCACUAGAACCUCUACAGAUUAUGUAGUUGUUCUGGUGCCUAUAGCCUGUCUCUGUAGCCUUUUCAGAGAAAAGGCAGCGCCUACUACUAAGACCUACUGCCUACUAACACCUGUAGGGACAGUCACUCAGACGGCCACUAGAGUCCUGUGUCAGUGCUCUACAUGGAGGUGCUGAAUGUUACCCAUAGAGAGCAUGCAUAAUAUCCUCCCAAUGCUUUCCUAUGGGAAAGUAUUGGCUUAGCUGAGAUCAUAAAGAUCUCUGAUAUGGGGCGGGACAAGCAACAGUGAAACCAGCAUGUGUGGGGAAAAAAGGUAAGUAAAAACACCAAUCAUGUGAUCGGAGGGGGCAGGUACCUAAACAGACACACACUCUCUGACAGACAUACAUACACGCUGACAGACAUACACAGACUCAUUGACAAAGAUGCACUCACAAAUUUAUAUUUUUAAUUUUAAAACACAGCCUCCCUACAUUUGAGAGAGCGGAGUGGACUUUUCCUGUGGUCCAGUGGGGCUGAUAAUCCUGCGCGCGAGGGAGCAGCCUCCUUGCAGCUCCUCUCUGCUCCCUCACACUGUCUGCAGUGAUGCCAGGGCCGGAAUGAUGUCAUAACACAGCGCAAGGGAGUAGACAGGAGCUCCCUCGCGCGCUGCCCCAGCCUGCCGCUUCCAUACCUUCCGCGGACGGACAGGCGGAUGGCUACAGAGCUCUCUGAGCAAGCCACCUCCAUACCUCCCAGGGCGGCCGGCUACAACGCUCCCUGAGCGGCCCCAAACACUGUCCACCUCUUGCGGGCAAAGAGCAGGGCUAAACUCCCAAAUAAACUGCAUGUCCUGGGCGUCGGACUAUACAAAUUCCACAUCCCUGUAUGCUCUUAUCUAAAUUGACCUAGUAGUUAAAUGCUGACGCUUACUAAAAAAAAAAAAAUGUAAAUGCAUUUUAAGGAUAGCAUUCAUCCUAUUGCAACCCUGAGUCAUUGUGUUUGUGGCAGACUUUGUUGUUAUUAGAGGCACACUAUGACACAUUGGUUAAUAACCGUGCCCUAGUCGAUGAUGAUGCUGUCUUGUGUCACCCUCAAUUCUGGACCAUAAUCUCAUUGUUUCCUUAUCAAAAUAUGUUCCUAUUAUCACACAUUUAAAUCAAGUUGUUGUUUUUUGUUUUUUUUUGUUUGUUUUUUGUACAACCAUUUUUGUAUAUUGUGCAUUUAAAAGCUUUUCAUGUUUACAUAUUCCACUAUCCCAGCCCUCUACAGUGGUGCAUUUUAAAGGAAUACUCUCAGCAUCAAAACAAGUUUAGCGUAUUGAAGCAGGUAUGGCGUAUAGAUCAUACUACUGCAGUCUCACUGCUCAAUUCUCUGUAAGCCACAACCAGGGGGAGGUGUGGCUAGGGCUGCAUAAACAAAGUCAUUUAACUCAUAAAUGACAGAGUUUUGAGCAUUGAGACUGCAGUUCCAUGAUCUAUAUACCAAAACCACUUAAUUAAGUUAUCGUUGUUUUGGUGUUUAGAGUGUCCCUUUACAGCAUAUUGUUAUUGUUGCACAUCUAUUGAAUUUGUUUAUUUUGUGUAUAUAGUUCACAUGCAUUCCUACAUAUAAAACAAUUUAUAUUGACUGCUGAUUUAUAUUCUAAGAUUUUAUAAAAAUUCUCUUUUCAAAGGACAACGUCUGUCUCGCCCUAUAACAAGAGUGUCCGAACAUUAACCUUUUUUUCCGGCUAUAUCUUCCAUUAUUCUGUCAGCCAAGUGAUGUGAUUUGUCGAUAUCUCUUGGUGAAAUCACAGCAGUGACAGACUAAUUUUUAAAGAACAGUCUUACACGAAUGUUAAACUUGACGGGCCAUGGGUAGACCCACAAGGUGAACAUUUGUCAGAUUACAUGUCAGUACAUUCACAAAAUGUGAGUUGCUGCCAGCCCUGUCAAACCUGUAUAGGAAACUUGUAACAUGCAAUAGCUAAUAUAGUUCUAUUAAAAAAAAAACAUUGAUUACAAAGGAUCGUUUUGAGCACACCUGUAACUCCUGGACAAAUUAGCCCUCCUGGCUUGGCAGAUUUCCGCAUCACAAAAUACUUAUACAGCGGCUAGCAUUUCUGGGAAGGGAUAUGUAGAUAAAGUGUAGAUUCACUUCAUACAUGGGCUCUUCAAUACUCUUAGUAUUUUGUAAGUCAAAGUAGAUUAGCGGAGAAGGGCCAAAUUAGAGCAUUUAUGGACAAAUUGUUUCAUCCUUUUGGAUUUUAGUGAAAAGGGUUAACAAUGAGUGGUUAUAGUUAUAGUUAUAGUGCAAUUCCCCUUUUAUUUACCUACAAUAGACCAUCUCCAGAACUCUAGUGACUAUGUAAAACCAUUCACAUAAUGCUCAGAUAACCAAAAGCAAUGUGUGAAAGUUUGGUACUCGCUGGUAGCCGGACAGAACCAAGUCUAUGUGAAGUGAAGUCAAAGCCUGUAAUUUUGGCAUCAUCUUUGGGUGUAUGGUCAUAAGAUGGCAGGGUCCAGCUCAAAUGAGCCAUAUUUAUCCUUUUCUGCAGCCUGCCUUAAUAAGAAUCUCUCAUCGCCUCAUAAUAGGCUGUGCCAACCAUCUCAAUAUAUAAGAAACAUUCUCACUAAUCUUGGUUAGUUUUAAACUAAUACCCAUGCUAGCUUUUGGAUUUCUCUGGUGACGAUGCACCUAAAUUGGCAAUAGUUGCUACCAUCAUCAUCCUGCUAUGACUUUAUACUUAGUGCUAUUUGCAAUGGUAAAUAAGCUAGGUUUAAAGAACGAUUAACAGAGUUUUGUAAAUAUUGAUUUAUUUCCUUUUUGAUUAUAUAGGCACAUCAACAAAGCAGAAAGGCUGACCGUUUUUUGGCGUCAGGCAAAUAUGAAGAAGCAAUUGCAUGUCACAAGAAAGCUGCAGGUAUGCAUGAAAAAUCUCAAAUAACUUCUAUCAGAGUAUGAGAGGACUAAGUAGACACAGAAUGGCAGUAAGUAUUGAGAAAGAAAAUGGUGCUGAUGUUAUUAAGAUAGGAAGUAGUGGCCAAAUUAUAUUGGCUUUAGUAAGGGUAAAAAGGUGUGAUGUUAGGGUUAGUGAGAGUAAAAACAAGUGAGUUAGGGGUUGUGAGGGUAAAUGUAGGGAGAUUCUAUUCGAAGUAGUAAGGAUGCAAGGAAUAGGAUUACAUUAGUUAUGGUGCCAGCAGUGCAUUGGAGCCCUCACAGGGAUUGUGGUGCCAGCAGUCCUCUGAUGUCCACUCACAGUAAGUUUUUAAACUGUUUACUAGCUGUUUGACAGUUACCGGACUAUGUAGGAUGCUUCCAAAUCCUGUUGGUCUGCUCUAAUAUGCUGAAGUGAAUGGUCAUACUUACCCAUUAGCAGACUAGCUUUGGACAUUGAUUAAGAAUGUCAGCUUACUCCACACAAGAUGUAGACCACUCUGGUCCUGAUGUAAACAAAAAAACAAUUGCUGUAAAUAAGUUAUGUGACAAUGUAUUAAGCUACCAAACUCAAAUGUAACUACAACGUUUGCUACCCCACUCCUUAUCUUUAUUCUGUACCCCAACCCCUUUAAAACACUGAAAACCACCAAAAUAAAGAAUUUACAAAAAAAAAAAAAUGUCAGCUUACUAUGGGACCAUGCCAGGGUACCUCCAGCUCCAAAAGUAUUCCAGUGCAUUGCAGGGAUUCUGGUGUUUAGAGUAUCCCUCUUAAUCAUUGUACAUCAAGGUUUUAUGGUCAGAAUAAAGGUUUCUAGGAGUUGUAGUUUGUAUGUGCCUGUUCCUCCCUUGUCUCUUAUGAAAGCUAUCUGCCUUUUAGGAUGCAGAAUGUUUCAAAAUGUGCAUUGAUUUAGCUAUAAAAUGCAUAAAGCUGUUUCCUGGAGUGUCCUUUUUAUAUUUUACAGUUUUGGCUUAUACAUUAUUCGGUAAUAGCCACAUCACUGUAAUCUGUGAAAGUAUUUAGAUGAAGGUCAAUGCUGUCCAUUUUAAUAUUCUCAUGGUUUUUUUUUACCCUAGCUUACCUUUCUGAGGCCAAGAAGCUGACCCCAUCUGAACAGGUAAAAUAUUUCAAAAUUAGGCAUGGCAUCAGAACAUGCAAAUCAGAUAUUAUCAUGACUAUUUACACAUAAUACAUUUAUUAGUGGUGAUUAAUCAGAAUUAAAAGGAUUGGUUUCCUAAACAGAAUAACAAACAAAACUGUGAAAGUCAUAAUGCAAUCUUCUUGAGAGAGAGAGAUAAAUACUCCAAGCACCAUAACCACUGUAGCCCGAUUUUUGUUGCCAGGAGUGUUAUUUUAUCUGGGCUGCGCCAUUUGCAGCCUUCUGUGGAGAUGGAAGCCGUGCUCGCAUACUCCAGAUAAGUUGUCAAACCAUUCACAAACUGUUUAAAGUGUUCCUUUAACCCCUUAACGCCGUUACGGCGUUCUAUGCUGUCCCGCAUUAAGUGGGCUUUAAAGCCGUUGCGCGGCAUAGAACGCCGUAACGGCUUUGAGCCCCUGGAGGUCCGGCGUACUUACCUCCGCUGCGAUCCUCUUCUGGAGGGCUGCCUGACAGCCCAGGCAGCCAUCCCCUGGCAAAUGAGGCCCCGGGGGCCAUGUGAUCGCUCUCAAAGAUCUGCCAGCAGGGGGACUGUCUGAAAUGUCAGACAGUCCCCCUGCUGGUGGGAAAGUAAAAAAUAAAUAAAAAAUUUAAAAUAAAUGUAUUUUUAUAUAUAUAUAUAUAUAUAUAUAUAUAUAUAUAUGUGUAUAUAUAUGUGUAUAUAUAUAUGUAUGUGUAUAUGUAACGUCAUACAAGGUGUAUUUUAAUAUUAAUAUAAGUACAUAUAUUAGUAUUAAAAUACACUUAGAAUGACGUUACACAUAUAUAUAUAUAUAUAUAUAUAUAUAUAUGUGUGUGUGUGUAUGUAUAUAUAAUUACAAUAAUAAAUAAAUAAAAUAAUAAAAUAAAAUAUUGAAACAAAAUUUAAUAUAAAUUAUAUAUUCAAAUGUAAUUUCAUUCUAACUGUAUUUUGUUAUUAAAAUAUAUAUAUAUUGGUAACAAAAUACACUUGACUAUAUAUAUAUAUAUAUAUAUAUAUAUAUAUAUAUAUAUAUAUAUAUAUAUAUAUAUAUAUAUAUAUAUAUAGUCAUCUCUAUAUAUAUCUCUAUAUAUAUAUAUCUCUAUAUAUAAAAUACAAAUAACCGCAAAAAAAAUAAAAAUAUAUAUAUAUAUAUAUAUAUAUAUAUAUAUAUAUAUAUAUGAGAAAUACAUAUAUUUACAUAAAAGAUUACAUUAGUAUACACGUAGAAUUUAAAUACUUAUAAAUGCAUAUAUAUUAAAAUUCUACGUGUAUAUUUAAGUAAUCUAUUAACAUAAUUAUGUGAUUUGAUUGACAUGCCUGACAACACAGGGAGAAAGUGCAGAGAAUUUAAUUCGCAAGCACUAUAUUUGACCCUUUAACUCUCCAAGACACCAUAAAAGCUGUACAUAGGGGGUACUGUUUUACUCGGGAGACUUCGCUGAACUCAAAUAUUAGUGUUUCAAAAUGAUUGUAUUACAACGAUUAUAUUUUAAGUAAAAGUGACGUUUUAUUUUGUAUUUUUUACAAACGAACGGCACUUUUAUGGACUAUAUUAUUGUUGUAAUAUGUUUUACUGUUUUAAAACUCUAAUAUUAGUGUUUAGUGAAGUCUCCCGAGAAUAACAGUACCCCCCAUGUACAGGUUUUAUGGUGUUUUGGAAAGUUAGAGAGUCACAUAUAAGGCUUGCAUUUCAUUUUUUUGACAUUGAAAUUUGCCAGAUUGGUUAUGUUGCCUUUGAGAGCGUAUGGUAGCCCAGGAAUGAGAAUUACCCCCAUGAUGGCAUACCAUUUGCAAAAGUAGACAACCCAAGGUAUUGCAAGUGGGGUAUGUCCAGUCUUUCUUAGUAGCCACUUAGUCACAAACACUGGCCAAAUAUUAGUUUUUUGCUUUUUUCACACAAAAACAAAUAUGAACGCUAACUUUGGCCAGUGUUUGUGACUAAGUGGCUACUAAAAAAGACUAAACAUACCCCACUUUCAAUACCUUGGGUUGUCUACUUUUUCAAAUGGUAUGCCAUUAUGGGGGUAAUUCUCAUUCCUGGGCUAUCACACCAUCUCAAAGGUAACAUUACUAAUCUGGCAAAUUUUAAAUUUGAAAAUGCAAUGUGCUCUAUUUGACCCUGUAACUUUCCAAAACACCGUAAAACCUGUUAAUGGGGGGUACUGUUGUACUCGUGAGACAUCGCUGAUUACAAAUAUGUGCAUUUUUUUGCAGUAAAACCUAACAGUAUUAUGACAUUAACAGCUAAAAUGUCAGAUGGAAAUACAAAUUUAAAAAAAAAAAUCUCUAAUUUCUCAUAAUAAAUUAUGUUCCAUAUAUGAAUAGUUAAUGAUAAAUUAAAGCCCUGUUUCUCCUGAACAAAAUGAUAUAUAAUAAGUGUGGGUGCACUUAAUGUGACAGCGGUGAAUUACGGUUGAACAGACAUAUAGCGCAAAUUCCAGUUUUUGUUUACGUUUUGUUUUGAUCAGAACGUGUGCUAUUGACUCCGUCCUGAAGGGGUUAAAAUGUCUACGAACACGCUAGAUACACCCCAGUAAACGCAGUCCAGUAGCAUGGCGUCCUCUGCAGUAUUCUGUUUAUAAAUUUGCAAAGCUUUGAAGUUUAUAUGGUUUCUUAAUCUGGAUUCAGUUUACACAUUUGCCUAAUGUUUUCCACCACAAUAAAGAAACAUCACACAGGGCAAGGAGACAUGUUAACAUGAAAAUACCAAUUCUCUUGGUGAAAAGUUCUAAUUACUGAUACUCUGAGUCUCUGUUUAUUUGGGCAUAUUCUCAAGAGCCAGGAUGAAUGAGACCAGGUAUUUAUUGGUAAAUACAGUCUAGGUAUAAAGAACUUGUUAAAAAUAGAGACAUAGUGGUUGAAAUGCCAAAUGCACGCGUAAUGAUUUAAGAUAAGAGCAUAACAACAUUAUAGCACAGCUUGUUUGCUACCUGUUCUGGGCUAUAGAGGAGUGAGCAUCUGUUUUUUUUUUUGUUUGUUUUUGGAAAAGAUGAGACUUAUUUACAAUGAUAUUACUCUUUACUUGGCAGGCUCAACUUUCAUUAGAACUUCAACAUGAUAGCCAUGUCAAGCAGCAACUAUUGAUCCAGGAAAAACUGAAGAGAGCCAGGAGAGAGGAGAGAGUUCGAAUGCAACAAAAAGCAGUAGUUGCCGAAAAGGAACUGACUACUCAUCUCCAAACAUCUUACAAACUGUCUUCAGAUGAUAAUAGCCAAAAUGCACAUGUUUCUGCGGGGCAGAAAUCUAGUUCCAAUCCAGGGAAGUGUAUGAGGGACGUCCGCGGUGUCCUUGAUCGAGAACCAGACUCUCUUAUUUAUUUGUUGCAGAAAAGGAAGGAGCCAUUUGAGGAGUAUAAGGCAAAUAGAGCUCCAAAAGAUGACAAGACAAAACUGGAGGAGCAAGCCACGAAAAUUAAAGAUUUAAACUUACUGGUGGACACUCUUCUUGCUGAAAAUGAAAAAUUAAGAAAGGAGAACAAAAAGCUGCGUGCAGAGGUUGCAAGACUGCAGAAAAAUCCUGAAAAAGAGCUUGAUAUAGAUACUGAUUUUGUAGAAAAAUCUGAGCUAUGGAGUCUACAGCAGCCAACGGGAAGUUCAUCCAAUACUCAAACCACAUGGCAGAAAUUUGUAGCGAAUGCUGGGAAGGGUACAGACAUUCCUAUACCUAAUCUUCCACCUUUAGACAUUCCUUUACCAGAGCUUCCUCCCCUGGAGCUCCCCGAAGAUAUACAAUCUCAACUUGAAGGACUUCUGGAUAGCUAGAUAACAGACAGACUUCUCUUCAACCAUCAGGGCAGAAAUAUUCUCUGGGUCAAUGCAACUUUACCAGGAACUACUGUAAGAGGGACUGCAUUGCAGUAUACUGGUAGACAUGUCACUGUGAAUCAGAGUUCUGAUGUCAGAUCUUGAUCUAAAAACUGGUGAAAAGUUGGCUCUUGAGACAAUAUUUCUAUUUUAUUUGUUUUCAUACCAAAUGACUUCCUGAAAUAACUUUUUCAAGAAACCGUACCUAAACAUUACUAGUAAUAUGUAUAAUUCCAUAACAGACAUACGAAAUCUGUUUCAUAGUAGUAUAUUUUAACAUAUGCUUUGUGUCAUGCAUUCAGAAUGUAUGCAUAAUUAUGCACAUUUUUUUUUUUUCUUUUUUCAAAAAAGGUGUCCCAUAAGCACCUUAACUCAUAAAACGGUUUGUGCCACAUUGCACUCAGUUUUAACCUCAAACAAACCAGGGGAUGUACAACGUAAUUCUGUUUUUCUUUUAAAUAUAAAAUCCAAUUACAUGUUUUAUUUCUAAAUCAGUUUACAAAAUUAUAUAUAAAAAAAAAAAAAAAAAAUCAGGGUGCAUUAUGAUUACAUUUUAUGUAUAUUAAUGUAUGUGUUAUGUAUGCAUUGUUUAAAAAUACUUACUGAAAAUCAGUAUCUUGUAAUAACGAUGCAUGUGUGCAAGUUAUGCUGAAUGACAGUAUUUUGAUUGGGAAAAAAAUAAAAAUAAAGUGUGUUUAUAUUUGUAAUGCCACAA